AUGCCUACUACAAGUAUCACGUCGCUUCUUUGGCCCGCGGGGGACAAUGUCAGAGUCCAGGGGGAGGUUUUCGAAGCCGAAGCUACUGGGACACGAUAUAUGCUCCGAGGUUGCAAACCCAAUGACAACUCUUGCGACCACCACACAGCCUUUGUCGAGUUCGGGCCCUGGGCCAGCAAGACCUUGCCAUCAGGUGCUGCCGAGACGGGUGUUUAUGACGUCCACGGGACCGUCGACGGUACUAUGUACUCCAGUGUCUGUGAGAUGAGUCGGUCUGUGAUCGAGCAAUGCAAAGUCUCGAAGGCAUCUGGGUUCGGUUCUUCUACGGAGUACAAUAUGACCAGGACGAAGGGAGAGACGGGGGCCGACUUCACUCUUUUAUACCACGAGGUGACGCUUACCGGCGGCCUGAGCAAGCUUGCUUCUGCGACGGGAGACGCUGCACCUACUGAGACUUCUUCCAAUAAUGAGGCUUCCUCAACAAACGAGGCUUCUUCGACGACCGAUGCUAGCUCUGAUGGCGCAACAAGCAUAUCCACUUCUGCAACCGAGAUCGAGGCUUCCAACACUGAGGGUACAGCCGAAACCACACCUGCUGAGACGGUUCCUACCGAGACGACUUCGGCCGGGUCUCCACCCUUGGUUCGCGCGUUUGCUGCUCUGGCUAUCGCCGGAAUAGCUACUGCGAUGGUGAUGUGA